AGAGCCCGCCCCCUCCCAGCAAUAACAAGCAGUGCCUUACUGCUGCGCUGCGACCGGCUGCCGUUCAUCAUACGCAGAUACAUGGCGACCGCCGCCAGCAAUGGAAUAAUGAUAGGAGGCUCCGUGCAGUCCCCGGGUGCCCACAGUCUGGAUCAUGCCAGGAGGCAGCAGCAGCAGCAGCAGCGCAUGGACCCCCGCAGGAGGCAGGCAGCCCUCUCGUUCCUCACCAACAUCUCGCUGGACGGGAGACCCCUGCAGGAUAACGGGGGAACCGGAGAGGAGGAGGAUGCAGCGGGCGCUCAGGAGCCCGCAUACAGUUCACCGCCCAGCGAGUCCCCCGUGCACCGGCUGCAUGCCCCCUACAGCAGGGCGAGCUGGGCCUCCCCGCAGCUUGUCACGAUAUGUGCAGAGGGCGUGUUACGGCAGAGUCGGGAGAGCAGGGCGUGCGUGGAAAGUGCGCUACUUGGCGAAGGGGAGGAUGAGUUCGGAGGCGGCGGCAUCCCCCUGUCUGCCUUUACAGGUAGCGCGGUGCCCGCGGGGAGCCGGGGUCGCCUCAACUCCUUCACCUAUGGGAUCCUACCGGCUGCCUUCAGGAGCCCGGCUGCCCAGAGCUUCUCCUCUCCGGACCCGGUGCCAGGGGCGGUGUGCAGCGCCAUCGACUGCCAGAGGUCUCGGCGACGCCUUAUCUCCCAGAGAUCAUCGUUGGAAACACUUGAAGAUAUUGAAGAAAAUGCUCCUUUGCGGAGAUGUCGGACUCUGUCCGGUUCCCCCAGACCAAAGAGUUUUAAGAAGGUUCAUUUUAUUAAGAGUAUGAGACAACAUGACACCAGAAGUGGCAGAAUAGUCUUGAUAAGUGGAAGAAGAUCAUUCUGUAGCAUAUUUUCAGUGCUACCCUACAGAGACUGUGCAAAUAUUGGGGAUCUGAAACUCGAAGGGACAAGGCAGCGCCAUUCCUCGGGCGGAAUCGGAACGCGAGAAAUGAUCCUUGGCCUGGAAGGAGUUGAACUCGGUGCUGAUGGGAAGACUGUUUCCUAUACCCAGUUUUUGUACUCCACCAACUCCUUGGGAGCUCGCAGAAACACAAUAGAUUCAACCUGCUCCUUUGCCCAGGGGCGCAACACAAGUUACCGCAACCUCACGCUGGGCAGAGCCAACAGUAUCCAGGGGAGCAUUGAUACAGGUAGCGACAUAGGAGAUUUCAUUGAAUAUGAUCCAAACCUUCUGGAUGACCCUCAGUGGCCAUGCGGCAAGCACAAAAGGGUGUUAAUAUUCCCUUCCUAUAUGACCACUGUGAUAGAGUAUGUGAAACCCUCCGACCUCAAGAAAGAUAUGAAUGAAACGUUCAAAGAGAAGUUUCCUCAUAUUAAGCUGACGCUCAGCAAAAUAAGAAGUCUAAAACGUGAUAUUCGUAAGCUGGCGCAGGAUGACUGUGGCUAUGAGGAGCCCACGGUAGCCAUGGCUUUUGUAUAUUUUGAGAAGCUUGCAUUGAAGGGGAAGUUGAACAAGCAGAACAGAAAGCUUUGUGCUGGAGCCUGCAUUUUAUUAGCUGCCAAAAUUGGCAGUGACCUCCGGAAACACGAAGUUAAACACCUCAUUGAUAAACUAGAAGAAAAGUUUCGUUUGAACAGAAGGGAGUUAAUGGCCUUUGAAUUCCCUGUACUGGUUGCCUUGGAGUUUGCUCUUCAUCUGCCGGAGCAUGAAAUAAUGCCUCAUUAUAGACGCUUAAUCCAAAAUUCCUAGCACAGGACACACAACUCUUCUACAAUACUGUGUGGAUUUAUCAAGCUGCAGCUGCUACUGGAAACGCAAAAAAAUCAAUGAAAUGUCCUUUUUGGUGCGGAUCUUUGGUAUUUUUUUUAUAUAUACCAACAGAUAGAAACACUAUUGCAAAUGCUACUAGGAAGAGACAACAUAUAACUGGACCUCAGCUUUUUUAGGAGCUACAGAUCACAUUUGUUUCAUCUCCACUUAACUACACAUCUGACAUUAAACAUAGUGAUAAAGGACUCUACACUUGUGUAGAACUUUGGAAGCCACCUUAGCUGUUAAAAUGUUUGUGCCAAUCAAUUUUUAUGAUCCGCUUUUUGGAAGCACUUUUAUUGUUUGUACUUCAUAAUACAGAAUCUGGAUUUCUUUCUACCCUUGGAAAAAUCGAACAGAGAUUCAUGUUCGGGGGGA